GAGCGACUGACUUUUCUGAUCUUCUCCUCUCACUGUUUCUCCUGAACUCCUGAAUCUGAGACAGCAAUAUUCUCAGAUAUACUAGAUCAUCUGAGGGAUUUGAUUGAAUCAAGAUGCUGCUGAUCAUUGAAGCUCUUCUUCUCAUUUUAGCUGCUCUAGGACAGGAUAACAGAACUGCUGUUGAAGGACAUAUAUUUCCAUUGGAUAUGGCACUGAAUUCAGUUGAUGAUCAAUAUAAGGGAUGUACUGAGGAAAUGGGAGACCUGGUGAAAACAAAAUAUCUAGAGAUCGAAAAAUCUGCCUCAGCUGAAUACAAUAAGACUUGGCAAGAAGGUGAACAGAAAGCUAAGAAACCUGAGGAUAACCUGCAACAAAUUCAUUCAGUUGUCAUUCAUGUUUACACUAACAAAGACUCUAAAGUAUAUAGUAAUUUCACUAGUGCGACCCGCACUGACAAACAGAAAUACAAAGAGGGGACAUUCAAAUGGUAUUCACUUCACUUUCUGUUAACAGAAGCGAUACAGAUUCUGAAGAAAACACAAAAUAGAUGCUAUACAACUUAUCGUGGUGCAAAUAUUAAAUUUGAUGUUCAGAGCAAAGAGGUUCGAUUGAGCUCAUUUUCAUCGUCCUCUCUUGAUCGUAAAGUAAUACAGGGUUUUGGAAAUGUAUCUUGUUUUGAAAUCUACACUUGUGAAGGUAUAUUACAGAACAAAUAUCAGUGUUGGGCAAGCUAGUUGGAAAAUGUAGUGAGCUAAGCUAACAGUUACUCCUCGUUAAAUGAAGCUUAACUACACUAAAGCUACAGCCCUGGGAAAUGUAGCAAGCUAAGCUACGGCAACGCGGCAAAAGUAGUUUACUACAUCCAAGCUAUUUAAAAAAAAUAAAAAAUAAAAAAAUUCUAUUGAGCCAACAUCAUACCAAGUCAAUGCUCUCUCAGUGAUCAAUAAAACUGUCAGUCAAGCAGAUAGACAGGCACGUUCAGUUUAAUUGUUUAUUCAACAGCUGUUCCAAACCCAUUUGGCAACAUAAUCAGUAUCAAAUACACGGCCGGAUUUACCUCAUAUUGUGACAUAGGCAAAAUACAUUUUUGCUGUCGGCCAGAAACCUCCUAUUGGUUGUUGGUAUUGUGGCUUUAUUGUAUACAGAUACAUUUAUAUAAAUGGUAACACUUCACAAUAAGGUUCAGUAGUUAAGAUUAGUUAACUAGUGUAGUUAACAUGAACUAAGAAUGAACAAUACUUCUGUAGCAUUUAUCUUAACGUUAAUUUCAACAUUUACUAAUGCAUUAUUAAAAUCAAAAGUUUGUUAACAUUUGUUAAUGCACUGUGAACUAACAUGAACUACCAAUGAACGACUGUAUUUUCAAUAACUAACAAUAACAAAGAUUAAUAAAUACUGUAAUACAUGUAUUUUAAUGUAAUACUGUAAUGAAUGUAUUUUAUACAUUGUAUGCUCAUGUACAUUAGCUAACAUUAAUGAAAUCGUAUUGUAUAGUGUUACCAUAUAGAUGUUUAGGUCUAA